AAAUCAAGUGCACUUAGUGUAGCUUUGAUGAUUGACAAAUUAAAAAAUUAUUGGGGGUUUUAAUUUUAAAAUUGUUAAUAUACUCAGCUCUCUGUAUCCAUGGAUUUUUAUCCAACCAAACACAGUAUGAAAAUAUUAAAACCUUGAUUUUGCCAUUUUAUAAGAAAUCCAUUUUACUACUCCAUUUUAUUUAAUGGGACUUGAGCAUCCAUGGAGGAUCCUGGACCCAAACCUCAGCAGAUAGUGAGGACCUCUGUAUAUGCAUAGACAUUUAUUGUAUAUAGUUAAUACUUGACAUUUUCUUUACAUUUAAUUAUUGGGAAGAAAACUAGACCAUUGUAGCCUGUUUCGGUUGUAUCAUUUCCGCAUGCCUGAAGAAUAUAUCUACUUUUUAACAAUGCUGAAAAAAUGACAUACAUUUUGAUUUGGGUCUUGUCUGGGAUCUGCUGGUUUCCUGUUGUCCAGCGUGGCAUAUAUUGGCCUAAAGCCAUCAGGAUGGUGUCCUCCUGGCAGCCCUCCCUGGGCCUUAAAAUGUAGUCCCUCCCUGAGGAAUAUGGAGCUCACAGAGCAGGUUUUGGGGAGGGGAAAUUCUGCUCACCUUUGUUUAGGGCAGAUUUUGCUUUUUCUGAAUGGCAGUCCAUCAGUGGAUACAACCUAUUGUUUCCUGUUGUAUUGCAAUCUUUAUACCAUUCCAUUCUUUGAAACAGAAUUUUUUUUUCCAUUGGAAAUGAUAUUGGCUGGUUUUCUGGAAAGCUUGCCAGCGCUCAUCACAGGUUCCCAUGCACUGCUCCUUGCCCUUGCAGUUCUUGGAAACGCGACUGGGGAGACUCAUUAAUGAUGUCAGGAAGAAAACAGAGAAUGAAGAGCUUGCCAAGCGUGCCAAGAAACUGCUGCGGAAUUGGCAGAAGCUGAUAGAACCAGUCGCCCAGAACGAGGUUGCAUUAAGGGGGCUGCCGAAUCUGCCUGGGUCAGCCAAUGGGGGGGCACACAACUUCCGAGUGGAAACUCCCACUGGGGCUACCACCGUUGCUGGCUCAAAGCCUAUCCAGGAUGUGAAGAACAGGAACGAUGUCCAGAAGCCGCACUCGCCGAAGCCGGGGAACCGGAAGCGGAAAGGUGAGCCCAGGGAUGGCCUCCAGCCUCCCCCCUCCUCACUACCAAAAGCCUCCAAAGCCAGUUAUGAAGUGUUGCAGAAUUCUUCUCCUCCUCCCACAAAUGGGAUCGGCGGGAGCCCAGAGAAUUUCCCCAGCCCUCUGGAUGUGAGCUUCCCCCCAGAGCUGGAGGGCAGCAAGCCGGAGCUUGGAGAGAAUGAGAAGCCCAGCAAGAUCCCCAUCAAUGCUGUCCGGCCUCACACCAGCUCCCCAGGACUCUUCAAACCCUCUGGGCUGCCCUCGCUGCUCAAGACAGUGGUCCUGCCACCCCCUCCACAGUAUGAUAAGGCUGAGGAGGCUGUGGCGGGUGGUCAGCCCAGGAGCCCUCGCUGCUCCUCCUUCAGCCCC